GGUAGUACGUGUUUAAAGGUUUUGAUACCUACGUGUUUUUGGGCCAUUUUUUUGUUUUUCUUUUAUUAAUAAAUAGCAUUAAAUACACAGUUUUAGUUACGUGUUAAUUUACUGGAUAUAUCUGAAUAAAAUAGACGAAACACGAUAAACAGUGUAUUGGUUCAGUUUUAUUCUAUUCCAGCGAACCAUGCCAUAAAAGAAAAUACUUUUUUAUCGCCAACACAAUCGUCGAAUUUUAUCGCUAGCAAAUUUCACGGAUGGAGGCAAAAUUAAAAGAGUAUCGAGCACUGCGUCGCCGUAAAGAGCUUGUCGAGAACGCUAAACAGAAACUAGAAAAAUCCAAGGAGAAAAUCGUCAAUUUAUUAAUUCCAAAAGUUUUUAGAGAGAUGGACAAAGUCAAUAAAGAAGAUGAAGUAUUAUUGAUCGAAAAUGAGGAACCUCCAGUAAAAUCACAACCAUUACCAAUCCAGCCCAUUGAAGAAGUAUCCGAAGUGACCUCAGAAAUCAGUGAAGUAGAAACAAUACCAGAACCUAAUGCUGAGUCUUGGCGAUACUUUAUCAUAAAAUGGUCAUUGUAUGGCCUCACAUGGCUUACGAUGUAUUAUUUCUUUUUGAAGUUGCAAUUUGGUGCUGUUUUUUUUGUAAUUUCUGCUCUAGUAGGAAUUUAUUUGAAUACUCGGACUAGGCCUAAGAAAAAAGGGGAAGUGUCAGCAUACAGUGUGUUCAAUGAGAAUUGUGUCAGUAUUGAUGGGACUCUCAAGGCUGAGCAGUUUGAAAGGGAGAUCAGAUAUGGUGCUGGAACAGUGAGGUCACCUUGACCACUUAAAUUAAAUAAUAUUGUAACUUUUAUAACUAUGAGACUGUGUAUGGAAUAAGGUAGCAGUCAUAUUUAUUACAUUGUGUAUCAGGGUUAGCAUGUAUAUCUAGGUAACUUAUUUGUACUUAUAAAAAAAUAGGUUAUGUUAUAAGGAAUAUGAUACUAUGCUUUCCAUUUUUGUAUACUUCCUGGACCAUACACACAUGACAAUAAAUCUAAAGGGUUCUUUAGAGCCCUAAAAAUGGAAUAAUAUAUCUGUUAUAUAUUUUGUGCUUAUUUUGCACUAGCCUUCCUUAUGGAUGGAUAAGGAAAAUUGGGCUACGACCCUACCCACGCGAGCCCAGUUCGGACCGGUGGAUUUUAACAACUACAGGUACCUAUAGUAUGUACCAACGGGCCUUCUGAAGCACUGAAUAGCUCAAGAUAAAACAUUUUUGGUUACCCAUCCCAUUACUGACCAUUAAGUGAGUUGCUUAACCGCCGCUUGCAGGUCGAGUACGCAAACCACUGUGCCACCUAGCAACUCGUUAUGGUAAAUCGGAGUGAUUAACCAUAACUGAUUUAAGUUGCUCCGAUUAUAAUGCCAAGGAUAUUAGGUUUUUUUAAUUCCACAUGAAAAAUAUGUUGGUUGUUACAAAAUACCUAUAUUAUACAUACAAAGUGGUAAGUUACGGUGCCUUGGGUACAUCGUACACCUUUAUGCGAAGUUUCAAGCUUCCACUAAGAGAUAGUAGUAGGAUUUUCGUAUUCAUUACAGCAGUCGCGACUGAAUACUAUCUUUUAGGAGUGUUCACAUUAACUUGAAACUUCGAAUAAAGGGUCUACCCAAGGAAUCGUAUCUUCUGACAAUGACUGAGGACUGAGGUGACUUUUUAAUAACUGGGAACUGUUGUCUAUACAUACCUAACUUGAGACAAAUGUAUGGAUAUACGAUUUUUUUUUCACGAUUUUGGGGUUACUCCCAUGCUCCCAUACGAAAAGUUGUUCAGUACUAGACAAAUACUCUCAAAAGUAACUGUUUAAUUUGUAACAAGAGGUGGUUGUUAUGUCAGUGUUCUUGUGUUAAGUGAGACUGAAGUAAGUUAUAAGCAUCCCUUUGUAAUGAUUACAUACAGUAUGAUAGAAAAGGUGAUGAAAAAUAAAAGUUUUCAUAAAA